CAACACACGUCAUACUGGUUGACAUGGAGAAGGAAGCGUGAACGACCCUGUCAUUUACUGCUCUCCAACAUUCCGCAAAAUGAUCAAGAAAUUCGACAAGAAGGACGAGGAGUCGGGAAGUGGCUCGAACCCCUUUCAGCAUCUGGAGAAGAGUGCUGUUCUACAGGAGGCUCGGAUCUUCAAUGAGACUCCCAUCAAUCCAAGAAGAUGUCUGCACAUCCUGACGAAGAUCAUCUACCUGCUCAACCAGGGGGAACACUUUGGAACCACAGAGGCCACUGAAGCUUUCUUUGCCAUGACAAGACUGUUCCAAUCUAAUGAUCAAACCCUGAGGAGGAUGUGUUACCUGACCAUAAAGGAGAUGGCCAACAUCUCAGAGGAUGUGAUCAUUGUCACAAGCAGCUUGACUAAGGACAUGACUGGUAAAGAGGAUGUGUACAGAGGCCCAGCAAUCAGAGCUCUCUGCAGGAUCACUGAUACCACCAUGCUGCAGGCUAUUGAAAGAUACAUGAAACAGGCCAUCGUGGACAAAGUGCCCAGUGUCUCCAGCUCUGCAUUGGUAUCCUCACUGCACAUGGUGAAGAUGAGCUUUGAUGUGGUGAAACGCUGGGUCAAUGAAGCUCAAGAGGCAGCUUCAAGUGAUAACAUCAUGGUGCAGUACCAUGCUCUGGGUCUUCUAUACCAUCUGAGGAAGAAUGACCGCCUGGCUGUGACCAAGAUGCUUAAUAAAUUCACCAAGUCUGGUCUUAAGUCUCCGUUUGCAUACUGCAUGAUGAUUCGCAUUGCAAGUAAACUGUUGGAAGAAACAGAUGGAGGGCAUGAGAGCCCACUGUUUGACUUCAUUGAGAGCUGUUUAAGGAAUAAACAUGAGAUGGUGGUUUAUGAAGCCGCCUCCGCCAUCGUUCACAUGCCCAGCUGUACCGCCCGCGAGUUGGCUCCUGCUGUGUCUGUUCUCCAGCUAUUUUGCAGCUCUUCCAAGGCAGCCCUGCGAUAUGCAGCUGUACGGACUCUCAAUAAGGUGGCGAUGAAGCAUCCGUCAGCUGUGACCGCAUGUAACCUAGAUUUGGAGAACCUGAUCACCGACUCAAACCGCAGCAUUGCCACCCUGGCCAUCACCACCCUGCUGAAGACCGGCAGCGAGAGCAGCGUGGACCGCCUCAUGAAGCAGAUAUCCUCCUUUGUGUCUGAGAUCUCUGAUGAGUUUAAGGUUGUGGUGGUCCAGGCCAUCAGCGCCUUGUGCCAAAAGUAUCCUAGGAAGCACAGUGUGAUGAUGAACUUCCUUUCCAGCAUGCUGAGAGAUGAUGGUGGUUUUGAGUACAAGCGAGCCAUCGUGGACUGUAUCAUCAGCAUCAUAGAGGAGAACCCAGAGAGUAAGGAGACUGGCCUGGCCCACUUGUGUGAAUUUAUCGAGGACUGUGAGCACAACGUCCUGGCCACUAAGAUCCUCCACCUUUUGGGGAAGGAGGGGCCGCGUACCCCCAUGCCCUCCAAAUACAUCCGCUUCAUCUUCAAUCGAGUGGUGCUGGAGAGUGAGGCAGUGCGGGCUGCCGCUGUCAGUGCACUGGCCAAGUUUGGGGCUCAGAACGACGACCUGCUUCCCAGCGUACUGGUCCUUAUGCAGAGGUGCAUGAUGGAUAGCGAUGAUGAGGUGAGAGACAGAGCCACAUUCUACGUGAAGGUCCUACAGCAGAAACAGAAGGCCCUGAAUGCUGCUUAUAUCUUCAAUGGUCUGUCUGUGUCCGUUCCUGGACUGGAGAAGUCCCUCCACCAGUACACCCUGGAGCCCUCGGAGAAACCGUUUGACAUGAAGACUGUUCCUCUGGCAACUGCACCCAUCACAGAACAGAGAAAUGAAAUCGCACAGGUGGCAACAAGCAAACUUCCUGAAAAGCUUGCACCUUCACGCCAAGACAUUUACCAAGAGCAACUUGCAGCCAUCCCAGAAUUCCAGGACCUGGGUCCCCUUUUCAAGUCAUCCGAGCCGGUUCAGCUGACAGAAGCAGAGACAGAGUAUGUGGUGCGGUGCAUCAAACACACUUUCUCUAAUCACAUGAUCUUCCAGUUCGACUGCACCAACACGCUGAACGACCAGCUGCUGCAGAGGGUUCUGGUUCAGAUGGAGCCAUCAGAAGCCUACGAGGUGCUGCAUUACAUACCUGCAACCAGCCUCCCCUACAGCCAGCCCGGCUCUUGCUACAGCCUGGUUCGGUUACCUGAGGAUGACCCCACAGCAGUCUCUUGCACGUUCAGCUGUACGAUGAAAUAUCUAGUCCGGGACUGUGAUCCAAACACAGGAGAGCCUGAUGAUGAUGGAUAUGAUGAUGAAUACGUGCUGGAAGAUUUAGAGGUGACAGUAGCUGACCAUAUACAGAAGGUGUUAAAGCCAAACUUUGGUGCAGCGUGGGAGGAGAUCGGAGACGAGUUUGAGAAGGAAGAAACAUUUGCGCUGGCCACAGUCCGAACUUUAGAUGAGGCAGUAAAUAACAUCAUCAGCUUCUUAGGCAUGCAGCCCUGUGAACGCUCAGACAAAGUUCCUGAAAACAAAAACUCUCACAUUCUGUUCCUAGCUGGUGUUUUUAGGGGAUGUCAUGAUGUGUUGGUGAGGUCGCGGUUGGCCUUGGCCGAUGGUGUCACGAUGCAGGUUACUGUUAGAAGCACAGAGGAAAGCGUGGUUGACGUCAUCCUGGCAUCCGUGGGUUAAAUGUUCAAUUUUAUUCCAAGACCUGGUCACAUGCCAAUCCAGGUCAAUGUCCUUUAGUAGCUCUGUCCUCUGAUAUGCAGACUAUCUGUAAUAACUUCUUCCAAAACGUCUUUGCAGCACAACAAAAUUUGAGAAACUAAGCUGAAAGUAAUGCCUCUUAUGACUCCUCAGAAAUGACCAGUUUCUAUAUUUGACCAAUUACUUGUUUUGUAUCUGAGAGAUUUCUUAAAUAUUGUGCCACUUUGGAUCACGUGGAUGAGAUCUUACAAUAAUAAUGUUGUCAUGGGAAACAAAUGUUAAGCUCAUUAUAUACAGUUUCAUUGAUAAAUAAAUCAGUGCAAAAACAUGUAGAACUUUUGUCUUGCUGCUUUUCUGCACAAAACAUGACAUUUCAUAUAAAGCUCUAUUUAAGGCAUUCAUGCACAAAACACAUUGUUAUUUUAUGUCAUAGCAUUGUACAUUGACAAGCUAUAUAUGAUGAGUCAUGUGUUAUGUCUGUUUACAUUUAAGCAAAAAAAAAUGAUUACAGUGGCCCCUGCAGCGCACAACGAAAUUAUGCAGAAAUUAGCCAUAACAAAAAAUUAAGCUGCUACACAACUGCAAGACAUGUUUGCUAGAAAUGUAUUUAAUACCUUUGGACAGUGCUUUAAGUGGAAAGAAAUCUGUGCCGGUACUGCCCAUUUUCAUGAGAAAAUACACCAUACUGGCACCUUUAUAAGAGCAAUGCAGUACGCAAGAGUAUCUGUUGCUACUGUGAUAUAAUCCUUGGUAUAUUGUAUCAGUGCAUACCAGCCCACUUCGAGCACUGCCUUCAGAAAUGGUGAAGUAAUAAGAGUUGAGGCAUUCAUCACAACACUGUGUUGUGCCUUAAUUUUGUUGUCUUGUGGCUUUUUUUUUUCCUUUUG